CACCAGUGUCAUGGCGUCGCCCAGGCUUUCGUGUUUUGCGUGUUUUGCGUUCGCAUGUGCGCUUCUUCAGUAGCGGUCUAAAAGAGAUUCACUGUAAACAGCCCCAAAAUACUUACGGUAAAAGAAAAGUCAUACCUUUCAAGGCAACGAUGAGCUGGAUCCUGCGUUCAGCCAUCCAGAGGCUGACCACUGAGAGCCCCAUCCAGAUGUCAAAGCGCUUCUGGGAGAGAAGAUCGUACCUGCGGAGGUACGGCUACGAGAACCCCCUCAUGGAGCCAGGGUUGCUGCCCAGACUGCCAAAGUUAAAAAGGAAGCUCAAGAGCCAACCUGUGUACGCACCCAAAGACGCCUGGUGUGAACGCCGUGCCCUUUUCGGGCAGAACGAUUACAUUGACAUCCUGGGAAGCGGGGCCCUGAAGCCGAUCCACAUCAUGCAGAAUGUGCCCCAGUGGCUGCGGGGCUUCCAGGGCAACGAAUACCAGAUGCUGCUCCGGCGGAGGAGGGUCAACCAGGAAUGGAAGGAGACAAGGCCCACCCGCUACCGCAACAUGGCCAAGCGCAUUCGCUACCUCUACAAGGUGCUCAACCACAAGACAAAGUCCUGAUCGCUGAUGCGAGAUUGUGUAGUUGCUCUGCCGUCUUAGUGUUAAUAAAGCCUGUCGCCCUCGUG